UAUCACCAUCGGCCAACUCGCCUUUCUCAUAAAUGCAAGAACUCAUUUCUCUAGCUUCUUCUUCCUUCUCUCUCUAGACUUGUUUCUGAAUUCGCACAAUCUUCAUGGCUCUCCAUCAAAACCAUUUUCAACAACGCUGCCAACAAACACAACCACAACAGCAUUCCAAAAAUUUCAGGAAAUUCAACUCAAUCGACGGUCAAAUUUCGCCACCAGUAGCUUAUUACAAAACAGAAAAUAAUUUACAGGAUCAGUCUCAGCAUCCUCCAUAUAUUCCCCUCUUUCAUGUUGUUGGGUUUGCUCCUGGUCCUGUUAAUGCAACGGAUGGCAGUGAUGGGGGAGUAGAUUUGCAAUGGAACUAUAGUUUGGAACCAAAGCGGAAAAGAUUAAAGGAACAGGAGAUUUUGGAGAACGAUUCACAGAUAUCAUUUGUUGAUUUCUUGCAGGCACGACCUGUGUCAACAGGAUUAGGUUUGUCACUUGACAAUACACGAGCGACUUCUUCUGCAGACUCUUCUUUGUUGUCAUUCAUCAGUGAUGACAUUGAUAGGGAACUAAGGCAGCAGGAUGCUGAAAUUGAUAGAUUCCUUAAAAUUCAGGGUGACCGAUUAAGGCAAGCUAUCUUAGAGAAGGUUCAAGGCAGCCAACUCCAAACCACUGCAUUUGUGGAAGAUAAAGUCUUCCAGAAACUCCGUGAGAAAGAAGCUGAGGUUGAUAAUAUUAAUAAGAGAAAUAUGGAACUUGAAGAACGAAUGGAGCAAUUGGCUGGAGAAGUAGGUGCUUGGCAACAAAGGGCUAGGUACAAUGAAAAUAUAGUCAAUGCCCUGAAGUUCAAUCUUCAGCAUGUGUAUGCUCAAAGUAGAGACAGUAAAGAAGGAUGUGGUGACAGUGAGGUGGAUGAUACAGCUUCAUGUUGCAAUGGUCGUGUCAUUGAUUUCCAUCUUCUCAGUAAGGAAAACAAUGAUAUGAAACAGUUGAUGACUUGUAAGGUUUGUAGAGUUAACGAGGUAUGCAUGCUUUUGUUCCCCUGUAAGCAUCUUUGUCUGUGUAAAGAUUGUGAAAGUAAGCUUAGUUUUUGUCCCCUGUGUCAGUCCUUUAAGUUUAUUGGCAUGGAGGUAUAUGUGUAAUUUGGUAAUGUGAAAGCCUUAAUGUUGUUUCAAUGCUAUAUUUAUUAUUCUUGUCGA